AUGGUGCUUCACCAGUAUGAUUACAUCUUUGCCAUCGGCACAAUCUUUUCUUUCCUUGAUGCCUGGAACAUCGGUGCCAACGAUGUCGCCAACUCUUGGGCCACUUCGGUCUCGUCCCGAUCCAUCACUUACCUCCAAGCCAUGACACUAGGAUCAGUCCUCGAAUUCGCUGGCUCUGUCGGUGUCGGUGCCCGAGUCGCUGAUACCAUCCGUACCAAGGUCGUCGACAUUGAACAGUUCGAGUCUGACCCUGCUCUUCUUAUGCUCGGCAUGAUGUGUGCCAUCGUGGCCUCCUCGCUCUAUCUCACCUUCGCCACUCGUAUCGGUCUUCCUGUCUCGACUACUCACUCUAUCAUGGGUGGUGUUAUUGGCAUGGGCGUUGCCCUUGUUGGCACAGACGGUGUGCACUGGGCUGAGCUCGAUAAGGGAAUCAGCAGCGGCGUCGUCUCUGUCUUUCUCGCUUGGAUCAUCGCUCCUGGUCUUGCUGGUGCUUUCGCCGCCAUUGUCUUCCUUAUUACCAAGUAUGGAGUCAUGCUGCGAAGUAAGCCUGUUUGGAAGGGUCUUUUUCUUACACCCAUCUACUUCGGUAUUACUGCUUCGCUGCUGACUAUGCUUAUGGUCUGGAAGGGUGGCAGUAUCAAGAUUGACUUUAAUGAAGCCGAGACUGUCGGUAUGAUCGUCGGUGUCGGUGCCGCAUGGGCUCUGAUCGUCGCUAUCUUACUUUGCCCUUGGUUGUACCGCAUCGUCAUCUGUGACGACUGGCAGCUUCGAUGGUGGCAUAUUGCUAUGGGCCCUCUUCUGCUCAAGCGUCCUGAGCCUCCUGCUCAGCCUGAGGGUGCCGAGGGCGGUAUUAAGGACUUUUACGAGGGCCAUCUUACCAAGGAUGAGCUCGAGGAGCUCCGCCGUGCUGGUCGCCAGGGAAGCGAUGAGUUCGUCCGCGCUCAGGAUACCAACUCCGAGGGCAAGGAAGCCAACAGUGAGAACAAGGCUACUUCUGAACAAGCUCACGACGUCUCUGAGCCCGUCGAGACCAAGCCCCGUCGCAGCCUCAUCGGAGAAAAGCCUGAGGGUGGUCUGCUCAACGGCGCCGUUCUUUUCUGGUACCUCAAGAAGGCUUUCCUGUCCGGUGUUGACCAGGACAUCCUCGCCAUGCAGAAGAAGAAGAGUAUCCUCACUGGUGAUCUGGAUGAGAUCCACGCCAACGUUCCUCACUAUGACAACCGUGCUGAGUACUUGUACACAUUUAUGCAAGUCAUGACUGCUUGUACUGCUUCGUUCACCCAUGGUGCCAAUGAUGUUGCUAAUGCCAUCGGUCCUUACGCUACUAUUUACCAGAUUUGGAGAACUGGUGUCAUUGACGGAGGCAAGUCAGAGGUCCCUGUCUGGAUUCUUUGCUUCGGUGGUGGUGCUAUCGCUCUUGGUAUCUGGACUUACGGAUACAACAUUAUGCGCAACCUGGGUAACCGUCUGACUCUUCACUCUCCCUCUCGAGGUUUCAGUAUGGAACUCGGUGCCGUUAUCACUGUUAUUCUCGCCACCCGUCUUAAGCUCCCCGUGUCCACCACCCAGUGUAUCACCGGUGCCACCGUCGGUGUCGGUCUCUGCUCUGGUACAUGGCGCUCCAUCAACUGGCGCAUGGUCGCUUGGAUUUACAUGGGCUGGAUCAUUACACUUCCUGUCUCUGGCAUUAUCUCUGGCUGUAUCUGUGGUAUCAUUGUCAACGCUCCUCGCUGGGGUUACAAUGGUUAA